AUGUGUCGUGUUUCCGUCGACGUUCAAGGGACCAACACGGUGCCGCAUCGAUACGCCAGAGCCCCACAGCUUUGGGCGCUGGGGAUCGGUGCUGUCAUCAGCGGCCAGUACUAUGGCUGGCAGUCGGCCCUGAUUGCCGGGUUCGACGGCAUGCUGCUCGUCCUGUGCAUGGUGACCGUGCUCUACGUGAUGUUGUCGUUCUCCAUUGCCGAGCUUUCAUCCACGAUCCCAGCAGGAGGCGGCCCCUACAUCUUCGCGCUACACGCGAUUGGCCCUCGCGCAGCUUUCUUCAGCGGGUUGGCAGAGACGCUGAAGGUGAUCGCUGUCAACGCGUCGACGUUCUACACCGUGUACUCGUACCUCCAAGCGCUGUUCAACGUCGACGUGAAGUUCGCCCCAUUUUUCUUCGUCGCGUUUGGCAUCCUCUUCCUGAGCCUGAACGUCUUCGGGGUGCAGGCGUCGUUCCGGAUGCAGGCGUGCUCGACCACGUUGUGUGUGGCGCUGCUGUUGAUCUUCUUCGUCGCUUCAAUCCCGUACCUUGACUAUGAUAAGUGGGUCGUCCAGCAGCAUUGGGAGUUCACGAGUCUGGACAGCGCCAUCCACGCAAUCCCGUUCGCGAUGUGGUUCUACCUGGGCAUCGAGGAGCUCCCACUCGCCAGCGACGAGACCAUCGAGCCCGAGAAGAACGUCCCUCGGGGAUUGUUCUUGUGCAUCGUCACGCUGGUGUUCCUGUCUUUCGGUACGGCCACAUUCAGCUCCCUCAUUUCCCCGGGGGCUGAGGCCAUGGCUAACGUCUCGGCGCCACUAGUUACCAGCUUCCAGACGCUAUUCGGCAAUGGAGCCACGACGACGGUCCUGAAGUGGCUGACCGUCAUUGCGCUAACUUCCAGUCCGAACUCGUACAUUUUCUUCAUGGGGCAGUUGCUGUUUGCCAUCGCCAAGGACGGGUACUUCCCCAAAUUCCUCGCGUACGAGCACCCGACUCGAGGCACCGCAGUCGGCGCACUGGUCUUCGGUACCAUAAUGUGCGAAGUAAUCGCCAUCACGCUGCACUACACUAUUGGAGACGCCAACCUGGGAUCCGCGCUCAUCAACUUGACGCUGCUGGGCGCUCUCAUCUCGUACGUGUUCCAGCUGCUCUCAUACAUCUACCUGGCCGUGCGGCAGCCUGGGCGUGCCCGACCGUACCGCAGCCCGUUCGGGGUCACGGGCGCUGUCGUCGGGAUCGCGCUGUGCGGAGUGGCCAUCUUCGCCAUCCUGUACAGCAGCCUGAGCGACACCAUUUUCCUGGCCUCCAUCGUCGUCACCGUGCUGGUGUUCAUGCUCGGCAGCAUCUACUACGUCAAGCACGUCGAGCCUCAGAUCAAGAACAACACGCUGUGCUCGCCCGCGGCACCCAAGGGCGUGCGCGAGAAAAUCGUCAAGCGCAACCAGGCGAACUACCACACCAUGGCGUCAGGAAAGACCGGCUUGCAUGCGCUGUCAGAAGUCAACCAUGGUUUCUCCCGCGAUUGA